UACUAUUGAAAUUAAAACAAACUUUCUUUUUCUUGCCUCCAAGAAACGCGAGUCUCUCUCGACGCUUCGGCGGAUCCGAAAACCGAACCAGAAAAUAACUGAAAAAACCCUAACCCUAGUCUUGAAUCUUGAUUGAUUUCAGAGUCUCUUUUUUUCUCUCUCUAUCUCUUUGCAGUCACUCACUUUGCUUCUCCUUUUCUUGCAUGCGAAGGACGAAACCAGGCUAAGGCUAAGGCUAAGGCUAGGGUUAGGUUUGGUAGGGUUGUUUUGUUAUAGGGUUUGCGGUAUGGACGGCGACGGCGGCGGCGGUGGUGGUGACUUGUCACGGUUAUGACAGGAAGGCGAUGCCAACGGCGGAAGAUGAUGGGUAGGGGGGCGGAGGGAGGUUGCGGAACCGAGGAGAAGCCUUGCCCUGUUUCUAGGGUUUCUUCUUCUUCCACCAAAAUUCUUGCGAACGACCAGUUAUCGGCUUCUCAUCAAAGAGAUGAAUCUUUCGUUUUAGAUUUAUAUGUCCAAGCUCGGAAGGCUUUGUCUGAGCGUUCACCGUACGAUACCGAAGAGGCCCUGCUCUCUAGGGUUCCUACCCUCCCUGUUGGGUUAUCGGAUUUCUUGACCAAGAAUUAUGAAAGUCGGAAGAGGUAUAAAAAAUCUCAUUCUGAAUCGGCAGCAAAGUCUUCUGGACAAGGUUCGAUUUCCCAGAGUCCUGUUUUACCUAAUAUUUGGGCGGAGAAUGAGGAUUACUUCAGACCGAUUACUUUGACCGAUAUUGAGAACUUGGUUGCUGUGUCAUCGAUUGAUUCCUCUGAUAUUCAGGCCUGUUUAUCGAUUCCUUCGGUUUCGGGUGCUACUGUUAGGACUUGUGACAAUGCAGUUGAAGUUAGUACUAGUUCGCAGAAGAAUGAGGAGGUUGUGGUGGAGGAAGAGCAGUUUAUGGAAAUUGAUGGUGGGGGAGCUGAUGUCUUACCUCAGAACGAAAUUAGUGUACUUCAGAAUGAAAUGGGUUCUUCAGUUAGACCUUCUUCGCCUUGCGGAGUUGGUGUUUUGCCGCUGCCAGAAAGAUGUUCUUCAGUGAUAGAGCCUUCUUCUCCACCGUCGUCUGGACUACAAUGGUUGUUGGGUUCGAAGAAUAAAAUUCUACUUACGUCUGAGCGACCUUCCAAGAAAAGGAAACUUCUGGGUGGUGAUGCAGGAUUAGAAAGACUGGUCAUUGUGCUGCCUUCAGAAGAAGUGGGGUCACCAACCUGCCAUGUUUGUAGCUUGGGCGACAAUAACCGAAUGCUGAUCUGUGAUUCAUGUAAAUCUUCGGUACAUCAGAAGUGUUAUGGUGUGGAAACUUUUCCAGACGGAUCAUGGUUAUGUUCUUGGUGCAAGGUGCAGGGUAAUGUUGAAAAUAAUUUGGCGGGAAAUGUGGCUGUUGAAAAUGGGACUGAUGUUUGGUUGAGGCCUUGUGUGCUUUGCUCUAAACAGGGUGGUGCUCUGAAACCGAUUGACAAAGGCGUACCUGAAACAAAGGAUAGUGAUACUGUGAAGUUUGCUCACUUGUUUUGUUGUCAAUGGUUGCCUGAGGUGUAUGUUCGGGACUUGAGGAUGAUGGAGCCAAUCUUGAAUGUUGAAGGAAUAAAGGAGACUAGGAAAAAAUUAGUUUGUUAUUUGUGUAAGGUUAAGUAUGGUGCCUGCAUUCGGUGUAGCUACGGGACUUGCAGGACUGCUUUUCAUCCUAUAUGUGCAAGGGAGGCUAAACACAGGAUGGAGAUUUGGGGAAAGAUUGAGACAGAUAAUGUUGAAUUACGGGCUUUCUGCGCAAAGCACUCGGUAUGUCAGGAUGCUGCUUUUAUGCAACAAUCAAGUACUCCUUCGUCUGUGUUUGGUGGUGGUGAGACUUCUUUAUCUCAGCCUUCACCUUUGACACUGAUGCAAAGUGAACCUCACAAGUUAAGGUGUGGAAGCAACAAUGCGGAAGAUAGCAUGGUCCUUUGUAAAAUCACUGAUAGUAAUUGUAAUAAAUCUGGGGAUGUUGAGAGUACUGGACCGUUUUCUAGAUGUAGGUCUGACUGUGACGAUGCACAGCUCAUUGCCACGGAGGCACUUGGAGUUGGAAGGAACAACAAUGGGGAUAUUAGUUCGAUGGACUCCCUUGAUUCUGUACAAAUUCUGAAGAAGAUAAUUGAUCGAGGAAAAGCCUCUGUGAAAGAUGUAGCAUUAGAGAUUGGUAUUCCAUCAGAGUCAUUGGCUGCAACACUUUCGGGGGAGCGCCCCUUCUGUUUCCCUGACUUGCAGUCCAAGAUAAUCAAAUGGCUUGGAAAUCAUGCUUAUAUGGGUACUUCACAGAAAAACUUGAAAAUUAGGAGCAACUGCAAGAUUUCAUCAAGGUCUGUGGUUGCAGGGCCUGAUGGUCCUAAUGGUCCUAAUGGAGUUGCAAUAGCAGAUUCCAUUCCCCCAGAUAUUGCUCCUGUUAAGUCAGUGCCACCAAGGAGAAGAACAAAGAAUAACACAAGGAUUUUGAAGGAUAAGAAAGUUUUAUCUUCGUCCAAGGAAACAAUUAUUGAGCAAAAUGAUGAUGGAAUAGUGAUUAAUGAGUUCAGCGAACAACCGCUUUGUCUCGAUGAAGAGUUUCAUGAUGGUUCUGGUAAUGAAUCUGUUUCUCGUAAUGGAGAUUGUUGCAAAGACCCUUAUGCCACUGGCAAGGUAUAUAAUUUGUUUUGCCUUCAGAAUGUUGGUUCCUUCAAGCUGUUUUUGGCCAGGUACUGCUCUUUCUAAGGAAUUUGAUAUGCCAUGCUGCAGAAUCUCAUCUGGUCCACCCAUACUGAUAUGUUGAGUCAUUGUUUAUCCCGUUGACCUCCAAAAUUUGCGUCAUUUGUGGUUUUGGUUUCCUUGUGCUAAAUAUAAGUUGACAAAGCUUUGGCUUUCUGACAGGAUUUAGGUAAGAGCAGUUUGGUCAGAUGACUGAAAUUGCGGUUUGAUGUUCUAAGGUCAAGCGUGUGUGGGUAUAAUAUAUUGUCAACCAUCACUUUAAAGGAGUUUUUCUCUGGAGGUUAAAAUGUUUUUCCUCAUUAUGUACAAAGCCCUUAUCUAGUUCAUUUCUCUAAUGAGCCGCGUGAUUAGAUUAAAGCUUAACUAUUUUAUUUAGUGACACCAGCAAACUACUUUUAAGGUCUUACAAGUGUGUUGCUUGAUGCUGUGGGGCAUUGUGGAAGUGUAACCCGAAGCAAGGUAAAAAAAGUUUCAAUCUAGCGUUUCUUGAGCCUUGAGGAGUUUAUGCCUAGUGUUCUUGUCUUGAGCAAGAAGUGAAGUUUAGACUUCACCAACUAGGAAUUUUGGGUUUCUUAUGCGUAUUUUAUUCACACACUUGGAAAAUCCUUACUACAUUGCAAUUUUAACCAGAAUAUCACCAACUCGUAGAUAUGGCUUUUUGCCUGGGAGCACAUGAUUUAGAUUCUUGUUUGGCCUGUUGAGUCACUUUGUGGUCUGGGGAGGACUUCAGUCUCUUACCUUUGUAAUUUUAGUUGUAAUUAAUGCUGCAAUUGGUGAUGAAGAUCUGGGUUCCAAGAACAGGAAUCGGAUUGCUUAGGGCCCACAAUAAAGUAGUAAAUUCAAAAUAUAAAGAGUAAUGGCAGUUCUGUAACUAACUGAAACUUGAGGGAGGUGGCAGUUUAGUAAUUACAAGAAACCUAGAAAGGAGUGGCAGACUUGUCAAUAAAAAUGAUCUUAAAAGGAUGAAAGGAGGUUAAAGUAACUGAUGGGAUUUGAAGGGGAUUAGAAUUAUUAUGGAGGGAUAAAUUAGGAAGCAAAAGUAAGGCAAAGGUUAGAGGGUAAAAAAAGAAGAAAAGUAGGGGUAUUUUGAAAACACAAAGGACAAAAGAAUAAUAGAUAAGAGAAAUCACCUUUUUGAGUAAAGAAACCCAUGAUUGUGAUAUUAGGGAUUGUCUUCAACCUCUAGACAGCCAAAGCAGGAGGCGGUGGAACACCCAAGAGGAAAUCAGCUUCAGCCACAGGAAACUCCUUCAACAGCUCAGAAAUUCCAGAUUUACUGUCGCCUAGGCUUGUUGGAUCAACCCUAACCAGUAAUUCACAGAUUCAAGCAAUACAUGGAGUAUUGAGUCUGAAACUUGGAACAGUGAUAGUUGCAGGUAUGAUCUGCAGCUCAUUGACCUGCUCACUAUGGAAGAGGGCUUUGAAGGAAAGAGCUCAAGGGUUUGGUUCGCAUAUGGCACCCAAACCUUCUAUCCAAAUCCCAGAUGCAGUCGAUGGGAUUUAUUGAUUCAGCAACACUUCUCUUAAGCCUGAGAUGAUCGCCCAGAACAGGGGAAGGGAAAGAAACCAGAAUAAUAAAAA